AUGUCGCUGAUUCCCUACGCCCCAGCCGAGUCGCGCGAGAUUGUACUUCGCCAUGGUUCCGCCGUCGUCGUCUACGACCAGCGCUCGAAACAACUCUCCCUCCGCGAUGCCUCCCACGCGACCGACAUUGGCUCCACGUCAUGCCCUUACUGCCACCGACCCUACCGCGAACCGUCGCCGCAUUCGGAACACGACAGCGAAGAGCCAGAGCAUGCCGUGCCAGGCAUCCCCGCGGAAAAUGGCUUCGUCAAUCCCGCCUACUUCCAAAUGCUGCGCCGGAGCCAGCCAGGCUCAACAGAGCCGUCGCGACCCUCUUCACCACACAAACAACUGGCGCCGGCACCCAUGCGCAUGAGCAGCUUCCAAGCACCAGAAGGAACCGAGUUUGUGGGGAGCACACCGGUGCAGCCUGCUAGGAGCCAGGGCAUCUCCGCUCGGGCCUUUAGUCCAAACUAUUUCAAAGACUUCUUUGUAGAAGAGCGGGAGCUGGGCAGGGGCGGCAAGGGCGUGGUUCUACUGGUGCAGCAUGUUCUCGAUGGCGUACAUCUGGGCAAGUUCGCAUGCAAGCGCGUGCCGGUGGGCGACGACCAUGAAUGGCUAGAGAAGGUGUUGAUAGAAGUGCAACUACUCCAGACCUUGUCCCACCAGAACCUAGUGUCCUACCGCCACGUGUGGUUAGAAGACUUCCAGAUAUCCAGCUUCGGACCGAGCGUGCCUUGCGCUUUCAUACUGCAACAGUACUGCAACGGCGGCGAUCUCCAUAGCUAUAUCCUCGACUCGGCCAAAACUUCCAUCACAAAGGAGCAGAUGAAGGAGCGACUGCGGCGGAGGUCCAAGGGUCAGUUGGAGGAUCCAGAGGAUGUGCAUGGUCCGCGUCGCAUGCACUUUGAAGAGAUUAUUUCCUUCUUCAAAGACAUUACGUCUGGACUGAGCCACCUGCACGCCAACGGCUAUAUCCACCGGGACCUGAAACCCAGUAAUUGUCUGCUCCAUCGAACUGGCCGCAAAGUCAAAGUCCUAGUCAGCGACUUUGGAGAAGUACAGUCAGCAUCCGGAACCAGGAAUUCUACGGGAGCGACUGGAACGAUUUCGUAUUGCGCGCCAGAAGUGCUGAGGCAAGAGAGACCGGGUGGUGCGUUUGGCAACUUUACCACGAAGAGUGAUAUCUUUUCGCUUGGCAUGAUUGUCUACUUUAUGUGUUUUGCGCGACUUCCGUAUCGGAAUGCGGAUGGUGUGGAUGAGGACAACGAGGAUCUAGACCAGUUGCGUGCUGAGAUAUCGACUUGGGCGGGCAUCGACGACGAACAACGCGUUCGAUCGGAUUUGCCUGAGAAGUUGUACAGGAGUCUGAAGAGGCUUCUUGCUAUCAACCCUGACGAACGGCCUGGCGCAGAAGAGAUUUUACACGUACUAAAGUCGCCUCUAGUUUUCGACGAGUACAAUGCAUCCACAUACCCCGCUCCAUCUGGUCUGGACGAGUUCAGUCCGCGGAUCUCAAGAGCUGACACACCCAGCCCAUCGCCAACCCAGGGCAACAAGAAGAGCAGGGGGGUAAAUUACACACGGCCAGGACGAUCCCAUCUUAGUGCUACCGUCGUGGAUCGGUCACCUAGUCCGCCGCGUCCAGAGUUCAUGAGGAGACAGUCAUCAGAAGAUGGAGCCGUCAUUCUGAGGAGAGGAAGCAAGUUGGACUUUCCACCACCGCAGCCUUCUGGAGGGAGAGCGUCGAGUCCGCAACGGUUGAUGUUACCUCCACCACUACCACCCACGACAUCAGCAAGGUUCUACAGACAUGUCAAGGAUCCUGCGGCUGUCAAUGCGGCCAAGAUUGUGCUGUUUUGCGCAAAGGCUUACAGCCUGCUUUCUCCUUGUCAGCCUUUUGCAGCAGAUGCGCGAGUACUGUACCCGUUACUUUGCAUGGCGUCACUCGACUUCUUCCGUGUUGGCGGGUUGGGUGGGUUGGGCCGCUCGGUUCUGCUUUUGUGCGCGCAUUUGGUGGUGGUGGGUGUGACUUGGAGAGUGGAUAGGCUGUGUGCUGGGACGAGUGUGGCUUGGGAUGGAAUGUAG